AUGGGACUCCCAAAGUCCAAGAAGUCCGUCGGCCUCGGCAGCCAGUUGAUGAAGGACCGUCUGGGCAGAGGUAAAGGAAACGACAGGAAGCGGGGCUCGGCCAUCGCCAGAAUAGACCACACGACAGGUGAAGAAUACCUCACCAACGACAAGAAGCAAGCAGGAUGGGUCAAGAUGCGAUCCGUGACCGAGCAAGGCGCCCUCGACGAGUUCCUCGCGACAGCAGAACUUGCCGGAACGGAUUUUACAGCCGAGAAGACCAACAACGUCAAGAUUAUUCACACCGACCAGAAGAACCCGUACCUACUGACCUCGGCGGAAGAGCGGCGGCUACUCGGAAAGCACAAGCAGCACAGGGGGCGGCUAACCGUGCCGCGGCGGCCGAAGUGGGAUGCGUCUACAACACCGGAGGAACUAGACGCCCUUGAGCGAGCGAGUUUCCUUGCAUGGCGAAGGGGUCUAGCGGAGCUGGAAGAAAACAACGACCUUCUGAUGACGCCGUUCGAACGGAAUCUCGAGGUGUGGAGGCAGCUGUGGCGAGUGAUUGAGCGGUCCGAUCUCGUUGUCCAGAUUGUCGAUGCUCGAAGCCCGCUACUAUUCAGGUCGGAAGAUCUCGAGAACUACGUCAAGGAUAUUGACCCGAGGAAGGAGAACCUUUUGCUCAUCAACAAGGCCGAUAUGCUUACACUCACUCAACGAGAGGCGUGGGCCCAGUAUUUGCGACAGGCUGGUAUUAAGUUCAAAUUCUUCUCCGCGCAUCUUGCUAAGGAGGCCAAUGAAGCGGAGCUUACAGACGAAGAAGAGGAUGAGGACGAGGACGAGGACUACGCCGCGCCUUCAAGCAAAGGGAAACAAACCGAGAGGAUAGUGAUAGAAGGUGAAGAGAGCACGGAGGAGGAAGACAGCGGCGAGGAGGAGGAGGGGGGUGAUAAUGGAAACAUUGACGAAGACGAUCUGAGGAUAUUGACAGUCCAGGAGCUAGAGCAGCUCUUCUUCGACACUGCACCCGAUAUCCCUGCAGAUUCAGAACCUGAUAGGAAGCUCCAAAUUGGGUUGGUCGGCUAUCCUAAUGUGGGAAAGUCCUCCACUAUCAACGCUCUUAUUGGGGCGACAAAGGUGUCGGUAUCGGCUACGCCAGGAAAGACGAAGCACUUCCAGACAAUCCAUCUCAGCGACAAGGUAGUGCUGUGCGAUUGUCCCGGUCUCGUGUUCCCCAACUUCGCGACGACAAAGGCGGAUUUGGUAUGCAACGGCGUUUUGCCCAUCGACCAAAUGAGGGAAUACACAGGACCAUGUGGGCUAGUGGCACAAAGGAUACCAAAACCUUUCCUUGAAGCUCUCUACGGCAUCGAGAUUAAGACGCGACCGCUGGAGGAAGGCGGCACAGGCGUUCCCACGGCCUCGGAAAUGCUACGGGCCUACGCCAAGGCGAGGGGCUUCCAGACCCAGGGAUUAGGACAGCCAGACGAAUCUCGAGCGGCGCGAUUCAUCCUCAAAGACUACGUCAACGGCAAGCUCCUUUACUGCCACCCGCCACCGGGCGACUACGACGCGAAGGAGUUUAACCGGGAACUCUACGACGAGUACCACCUGCCGGAGAAGAGGCGCACAAGGCUCCCCGAGAGCCGAAGGGCCGCUCUCGAGGCAGAGCUUCACGGACUUUCCCUCGAGGACGACGACGGAGAACUCAGCCUGGCAAGUGCGGAUAUUGGAGGUCUUGGCCCUCUGCCUGAAGGACCAAAGUCGAGGAACCUCGAUAAGCGCUUCUUCGGACCCGGAGCCAGCAACGCGGGACAUUUGAGCAUGCCUUUCAAUUACAAAUAUUCUGAGCAGGGCAGCAGGCAGUUGGUGGGAAGGAAGGCGAAGGCGAUGUACGCGUUGGAGAAUGGAUUGGACCCGAAGGAUGUUCGGAUGGGAUCUGGCAAAAAGCAUUUCAAAGGAGGACCGAGGAAUGGAAAGAAAAAGAAGGCAGUUGCGCUAGAUGAUUGA